ACAGCUGAUCGUCCUUCGUCAACUAAGCGCCACGCGUUGACAACACAGCAGCACGAGUUUCACCUUGUUGUGGAACCAGUUGGACACGAAGAUUAACCAACCUUCAGCAACACCGACACCGACCUGAGAUGCCAAAAUAUUGUUCGGUCCCAAACUGUAAGAAUGACUCCGGAAACGGCAACGACAGGAAGAGCUUCUACAAGUUCCCUCUGCAGGACCCGGUCCGGCUGCAGCAGUGGCUGAGGAACAUGAGACGUGAGAACUGGACGCCCUCUCGACACCAGUAUAUUUGCCACGAACAUUUUGCACCCUCUUGCUUCAAGGUGCGAUGGGGGAUCCGUUACCUUGAGAGCGACGCUGUGCCCACAGUCUUCAAGGAGGCCGAGAAACGGAAAGCCCUGGAGCACAGUGAGACGAAGCCAAAACAGCUUCGAGUUAACAGUAAUCAAAGCGUAGCGUCAGGUGACAGGCCUACGGCUGUCGACGCCGUAGAGAUGGAAGGUGCGUUGCACACGGUACACCUGUACGAGAUCACCGUCGACCCGUCGCAGCAGGGAGAGACCAGCCUGGUGGAGUCCAGUGGCGUUGGAGAACCCGACCUGAACCCGCUGGCAUCAGUGGAUCGAUUCGAAACGCGGGCAAACAUCCCUUUGACGUUACUGCAGACAGUAAAUGGUCUUAGUAACAGUGGAGAGGUGGUGGUGAUGUCUGAAUGCCCUGCUGGUGAGGGCCAAGAGGAGCUCCUGAAUGGAAUCACUGCUGCCAUUCUAACUCAGGGCCACGGCCUGGUCGUGAACGACUCCGCACUCGGCUGUACAGAUGAGGCGGCGGCGACUCUCGGCGGCGAAGAUGUGGCCUGUAUCACGGAGGGGUUCUCGGACGUCCACGGAGGCCACGAAACUCAAGUCCUCGCCUACUUCGAGACGAUGCCAAACGUUUUCCCCGGUGAAACCUCCACCCAGUUCAACUUCACCCCGGAUACAGUGCUGUCGUCCGCUCUGAGCUCCAAGCCCAUCCCAUCUACUGUGCCCAUAGUGUCCAAACACGUGUCGGCGUCCCCCACGUCCCUGGUCCUCACCGUGGAAAGACUGGACGCAGACGAGGGAGACGACGGCAAGUCAGAGGACGACGACCUAGAGCCACAGGAUCCCCAGCUGGAGGAGCACUGCUACCAUAAGAACAGUCUGAGUAAGGAGCAGCUGGAGGCGAUCGUGGCUGAGCUGCAGAAGAAGGUCAAAGUGCUGCAGCAGCGGCACCGCCGACACCUGGAGAAGCUUCUGGGCCUGGAGAACACGGUCAGCCAGCUGAGGCAAAACAACCUGCUGAACGAAGAGCGACUACAGCUGCUCGAGAGGGCUUACAUACAGACGAGUGCAGCAGUGUCAGAAGUUGGUGAGACUGUGGCAAUCAUCUAUGAAGAGGACGAUGGUGCAUACUUGUAUACUCCACUAAUUAACGCAGGGGAAACGAUGUGAGACUUGACUGUCCCAUCUGUGUCCGUCUGCUGCCCUCUGUGCCAAAAAGUGACGUCGCUAUUGCUGUUGAAAACAAAAUCCUACCUAAUUCUUUUCUCUUGACAAAAUGAAAUUUGUGUAUGAAAUGAAAACUGUGUUGUUGGAUCUGCUGUGAGCUUUGCACAAGUGUGUGUGUGUGUGUGUGUGUGUGUGUGUGUGUGUGUGUGUGUGUGUGUGUGUGUGUGUGUGUGUGUGUGUGUG